AAUGUGAAUCGAUCUUGUUGGACUAGAGACAAUUCAAAGGCUUAAACCCCACCGAAAAAUAGUAACACGUAUGACUCUAACAACUCUAUAAAACCCCACACACAAACCUUUCCAAACCCCGUCCUUCUCAAAUCUCUCUCUCUCUCUCUCUUUCUCUCUUUCUCUCUUUCUCUCUCUCUGUUCUAAGUCUAUUCGAAAAACCAUCUUUUCCCCUCCACACGGACACAAACCAUGUGUCAUCCAACUCUUGACGUCAACUGCAAAUGCUGCACCACUUCAUCUUCUUCUGAUUACCAAAUUUCAAUCAAGGACUCACAACACAACCACCCCACAAUGCUCAUCAACCCUUUAAUCUCUAAACUCCAAAACAACACAACAACAACAACACCACCACCUCAACCUCAACCGAUAAAGGUUGUAACACAAACAACAAAGUCUCAUGUCCCUGACACCGUCAAAGAAGUGAUUUCCAUAUCCAAAAUAGCCAUCCCUAUGAUCCUCACCGGCCUCCUCCUCUACUGCCGCUCCAUGAUCUCCAUGCUCUUCCUCGGCCACCUCGGAGAGCUUGCUCUGGCUGGUGGCUCGCUUGCUGUUGGCUUCGCCAACAUCACUGGCUACUCGAUCCUGUCCGGUCUCGCUGUCGGAAUGGAACCAAUCUGUGGCCAAGCUUUCGGUGCCAAGAGGUUCACCCUACUUGGGCUCUGCUUGCAGAGAACCAUUCUCCUUCUCCUCUUCACUUCCCUCCCCAUAUCACUCCUCUGGCUCCACAUGAAGAAAAUUCUUCUCCUUUGUGGCCAGGACGAGGCCAUAGCCACACAGGCUCAAUCGUAUCUCGUCUACUCCAUUCCUGACCUCAUAGCACAGUCUUUCUUGCAUCCUAUGAGAAUCUACCUCAGGAGUCAAUCCAUUACCCUCCCUCUCACCCUCUGUGCCUCCCUCUCAAUCCUCCUUCACAUACCCAUCAACUACUUCCUCGUCUCACACCUCGGGCUGGGAAUCAAAGGGGUCGCUCUUGGUGGGGUGUGGACAAAUUUCAACCUUGUGGCCUCUCUGAUUCUCUAUGUAGUCUUCUCCGGCACUUAUAAGAAAACAUGGGGUGGUUUCUCUUUUGAGUGCUUCACACAGUGGGGGUCUCUUCUCAAUUUGGCUAUUCCAAGCUGUGUUUCAGUGUGCUUGGAGUGGUGGUGGUACGAGAUCAUGAUUCUGUUAUGUGGGUUGCUGGUGAACCCCAGAGCAACCGUGGCUUCGAUGGGAAUUCUCAUCCAAACCACUUCUUUGCUUUACAUUUUCCCUUCUUCAUUGAGCUUCAGUGUGUCAACAAGAGUUGGCAACAAGCUCGGCGCACAGAAGCCCUCAAAGGCGAGGCUUUCCGCCAUUGUGGGGUUGUCAUGCAGCUUCGUGUCAGGUGUUCUGGCAUUGAUUUUUGCUUUCAUGGUCAGGAACACUUGGGCUACCAUGUUCACAAAGGACAAAGAGAUUAUAACUCUGACAUCUAUGGUGUUACCCAUAAUAGGGCUCUGCGAGCUUGGGAAUUGCCCUCAGACAACAGGGUGUGGGGUGCUGAGAGGCACUGCAAGGCCUAAAGUUGGUGCCAACAUCAACCUAGGAUGUUUCUACCUUGUCGGAAUGCCUGUGUCCGUUUGGCUAGCUUUCUUCACUGGCUAUGACUUUCAAGGGCUCUGGCUUGGCCUUCUUGCAGCACAAGGGUCUUGUGCAGUGACCAUGUUGGUGAUUCUGUGCAGAACUGAUUGGGAGUUUGAGGCCCAGAGAGCCAAGAAACUCACGGGAAUGGGUGGAGCUUCUGGUGUUGGUGAUGAUCACGACCGUGAGGUUGAUCCGGAGAAGCCACUCAAAUUUGAAAGCAAGGAAGAUUCUUUGGCAUUAUUAGCUGACUCAGAUGAAAAUGAACAGUGAUUGGUUAAAUUCAUCAACCACCUUAAAGAGAAAAACAAAAACUGAUGAGAGGGGAGGGAUAAAAUAUCUCAUAAAUUUGUCUUUUAACUGUAUAGGGCAGUAGGGUAGAGACAGAGGAUAACAUUUUCAUUUUAUGAAUUUUAGAUAACAUUAGAUGCGGUUACUCACUUGUUUUUGGUGCUAUUUUUAAAUUGAAAUUAGAGUUUCAUAUCAGUAAUUUACAUAAAAAAACUCACAUUUAAAAAUAGUACUACAGAUUACUGAUGUGAAACUCCAAUUCAGGUCAGAAACAUGCAUUUAAGUUUUGCUCUCAGGAAAUUUUCACUGGUGCAUGCAUAUGCCUCUCCUCUAAGGACUUGUGCUAUUUCCAGUAAAUUUCAAUUACAUUUUGCAGGGCAUUGAAUGUGAUGAAAAUGUGAGUAACCAUUAUUUCUGUAACGUACCUUUUUUUGUUCAGCUUUACACAGAAGAGAAGAGAAGAGACCCUGAUUUCAUGAUUUAUGCUUCUUACUCUCUUGUCUGUUCCUCUAUUUUCUACCUCAAUACAUUCAACUUUUGUCCUUUCUCUCAAGAAAAAUCAUUAUAAAAGCCACAACAGGGUUUAUAGAAUCUGCCUACUCUAUUUGGAGUUUUUCUUUUGCCAAAUUAUGAGAUUAAUGGAAACUAAGAAGAGAAAUAAUAGCCAUAUCAGAAAGAAAAAAAAGUUUAAAGUGAAACAGGAUUUAUUCUGUAGUACAAGAAGUUGUUUAUGUACUGAAAUUUGACAUUGACUUGAGAAUUAGGAAGUUCUAUUUAUGCAUAGCAGCCAGGCUGCCAGUUAUUUUGGGAAU